GUAAAAUUAUUCAACACGCCAUUGUCAUUUCGUGUAGUUUUCUCUCUUUUUAUCUAUAAAUGGAAGCCUAGCAUCAAAUUUCUGACAGUUCAUUAAUACGCUUGGUCUACAUUCCUAUCUUUAAAAAUUGAGUUGUCACUUUCCCCUUGCGGGUUUUGGAAAAUUUGCCAUCUCUCUCUCAAGAUUGUACCAAAAAGCUCUCCGGCUUGAUUAAAUUUGGUGCUUAUCGUCGAAGAAAGAGUUGGCUUUGUGGGAUUUUGUCGUCUGCUGAAUUGGGUUCGAGUCAACUUCGUUCUUCAAUUUGAAAAUGCGAAGUUUUUUAUUGUAGAUAUUUGCUUUCAAUACUGUAUAUUAUUCAGUUACUUGAGUUCCUAGCUUAAUUUCGAUAUUUCCGGUUCUGGGUGGUUUUCUUUAUUUCUGCCCGGUUAAUUUGGAACCAAUCGGCAAAGGAUCCGCCUUCUUUGGAACUUCGCAAAAAGUGGGUUUUCCGAAUUAGCUUUUAGGGAAUUGGGUUUGAAAUUCCUCCUGCUUUGGUCCUAGAAAGAGCCCGCUUCAGAAUAAUUGUGCUGAAUCAGAGUUGUUUGUAUUGACGUUCUUCCAUAUUUUUAACAGUUGGGAAAAAUUUCAGAUACCAAAAGAUGACGAUUGGAAAUAUUUUACCUAAAAAGGAAAGGAAGUCACGAAAGGGCAAAGCAAUUGUUGAUGAGAAAGCCCCCUUGUUGCCUAAGAUGCACGAGGAGGAUGUUGGGUUUGAUGAGUUCAAUGGUGCUUCCUUUACAGGGGCAGUGUUUAACUUAUCUACCACAAUUAUCGGCGCCGGGAUCAUGGCAUUGCCUGCCACAAUGAAAGUGCUGGGGCUUGGUCUUGGGAUUGUCAUGAUAAUAUUUAUGGCGUUUUUAACCGAUGCUUCAAUCGAGAUGUUGCUUAGGUUUAGCCGGGCAGGGAAGUUGUCUUCAUAUGGAGGUCUUAUGGGGGAUGCCUUUGGAAAAUAUGGGAAAACUUUGCUGCAGAUAUGUGUUAUAAUAAACAACAUCGGCGUACUUAUAGUAUAUAUGAUUAUAAUCGGCGAUGUGCUUUCUGGAACAUCUUCAAGUGGAGUUCACCAUGCUGGUGUCCUGGAAGGAUGGUUUGGAGACCACUGGUGGAAUGGGCGUACCUUCAUUCUCUUCAUCACGACGAUUUGUAUAUUGGCUCCAUUGGCAUGCUUUAAGCGAAUUGAUUCGUUGAGAUACACAUCUGCAUUAUCAGUUGCCCUGGCAGUUGUGUUUCUUGUUAUUACUAUUGGAAUUUCAAUCAUGAAGUUGAUAAGUGGAGGCAUUAUGAUGCCUAGAUUGCUACCUGAUGUUACUGAUCUGACGUCAUUCUUCAAACUCUUCACCGUAGUCCCUGUUCUUGUCACUGCAUAUAUCUGCCACUAUAAUGUUCACAGCAUAGACAAUGAACUUGAAGAUUCUACACAGAUAAAAGCAGUUGUGCAAACUUCACUUGCUCUAUGCUCCUCUGUGUACAUGAUGACAAGCUUUUUUGGGUUCCUUCUUUUUGGUGAUGCAACUUUAGAUGAUGUGCUUGCCAACUUUGACACCAACCUUGGCAUUCCUUACGGGUCCCUGCUUAAUGAUGCUGUCCGUGUUAGCUAUGCUGCCCACCUCAUGCUUGUAUUUCCCGUUGUCUUCUUUCCAUUGCGGCUCAACUUGGAUGGCCUCCUCUUUCCCUCAUCAAGGCCAUUGGUUCUCAACAAUUGUAGGUUUGCAUUGAUCUCAAUUGGGCUCAUUGGUCUUAUCUUCUUAGGUGCAAAUUUCAUACCCAGCAUUUGGGAUGCUUUCCAAUUCACUGGAGCGACCGCUGCUGUCUGUCUCGGGUUCAUUUUUCCUGCUGCCAUUACUCUUAGGGAUCAUCACAACAUAGCAACUAAGAAGGACAAGAUCUUGGCUAUUUUUAUGAUAGUCCUUGCAGUCUUCUCCAACCUGGUGGCCAUAUAUAGUGAUGCCUAUGCCUUGAUAAAGAAGAGUCCAUCUCCCCGUGAAUGAUCUCAUAUGUUACUCCCGAUCUGAAGAAAUACCCAAGCUGGUGGUAUGGUCCUGCUUGCAUAGAAGGAAACUUCGUGUUUAUUCAGAGCCAAUCAGAAAUAUCAGGAGUUGAACUAUAGUAGUAGUAAAACAACCCACUGCUCACUGGACAAAGGUACUUGGAUAAAUAAGUGAAUGGGGAUAUAUAUAUAUAUGGAUUUGAAAUUUGGGUGCAUUGUUGGCUUCUUGUGCUUGAUAUUGGAUAUUGUCUUGUGGAUCAGAAUUAAGUUGGCGAAAUGCAAAUUUGUAUUUUAGAUUUGUCAUUA